GCGUGGCCAGCCUUGCCCAGAGGCCAGCCGCAGCGGCCCAAGGCCCAUGCCGACGCCUUCUGCCAGGCUGCGGCCGCCGCGCGCAAGGCAGGCGCGCCGCCGGAAGCCGUGGAGCCUCUGCAGCGGGAGGAGGCCGCGACCCGCGAGCGACAGGCGCGCUGGCGCGCCAGCAACCGCCUGGAAAAAUUACGGGCGGCGGCGCGGCGCGUGGCGGCCACGGCGACCGCGGCCGACGAAACGCCGCGCCGCGGGAUGGGCGACGCCUGGGCCACGAGGAAGUUGGCGGACGAGCUGGGCGAAGAGCCGCUCGAUCGCGAGGAGAGGGGCGCCCUGCUGGAGGAGCUCGACCAGGCCUGGGCGGACGACGACAAGUCUGCUCCGGGCCGCCCGCCGCUUGCGCGGGGCCCGCCAG